GAAUUCAAGGACUCAAACAAAUGAAAUUCAAACAUCCAUGUAAAUUAAUAAGAAGUUUAUAGUGAUAAUGUAAGGAUUAAUAAUUAAUAUGGUAUUAAAUUAAAUUAAUGAAAUUCACAACCAUUUCUCAUACAUAAAAGCAUAGUACAUGACCCUGCUCUUUAAUCUGGCUCCAAACUCCAAACCGAGGCUUCAUUGCUUCUCUUUCUCCUUCAUGAUCAAUUGCCUCGAAAGAAUCAAUCAAGUCAACUGUGCAUAUUGGUGGAGGUAGGUGUGCUGCUGCUGAUUUAAGAUGAACAAUAGCACAGGCAUUUCAAUACCAGGAGAAGGAGGAGGAGGAGGAGGAGGAUCAACAGCAGCAACAAGUUCAUGGGUAUCACCAACAUCAGUCUCAACUUCAGGAAAGAGAAUUCAAAGGGAAAUGGAGGAACUUAACAAUGACCCACCUCCUGAUUGCUCAGCUGGCCCCAAGGGUGACAAUCUUUACCACUGGGUCUCCACCAUUAUCGGGCCCCCAGGAACACCAUACCAAGGUGGUAUAUUUUUUCUUGACAUAACUUUUCCAAGUGGUUAUCCAUUUAAGCCUCCAAAGGUAGUUUUCAAAACUCGAAUAUAUCACUGUAACGUUGAUUCUGCUGGCAACCUUAGUUUGGACAUCUUGAAGGAUGGUUGGAGUCCUGCUCUUACAAUUAACAAAGUGCUACUUGCAAUCAGAUCAAUGUUCAGUCAUCCUGACCCUUAUAAUCCUCUUGUCUCUGGCAUUGCCCGCUUGUAUUUGGCAGACAAAGCAAAACACGAUGAACUAGCUGCAGAGUGGACAAUGCGAUUUGCCAAGUGAAUUUGAUGAGGCAUUCUCUUCAAAUGUACCAUACUGAAGCACUUUGUAAAUGUCUUGUUAUGUAAGCUUUUUCCACUAAACAUUUGAUGGUGGCCAAAGAGAUGUCAUUAUAUGCUCUUGGAGCUGAAUAGCAAGAUUUUAACUAUGCCACGUGGCUAAUCUCC